AUGCUUCCUUCAUCCGUCCCCAUUGCGACCCGAAAUAAACGCCUCGCUUUGCAGCCCAACGCUCCAGCGUUCACUGGCAGAGCAAUCCGCGUCGUGCUCGCUGAUGGAAAGCCUGACGUCGUUGCCUACUUCCAAAAAGCCUUUUCCUCAGACACGUACCCAAAUAUUGUCGGUACGGCAAACACACCUGACGAGCUCAAAGGCGCGCUUUCGUCCACGCGCUGCGAUGCCGUCCUUUUAGACAUGGAGACAUUUGGAGAGGCGUCUGUGCUGCAGGCAAUCAAGGACAGCCACGCGGCGCUGCCCGCCAUCUACCUCUCGCACAACCCUGCCUCGGACACGCUGGAAAAUAUUGUUUUGCGCAAGACUGCGACUGGGGUCGUGAAAAAGGAGGAGAAAACGGAGGACUUGGUGUUUGCCAUCGAGGCCAUCCUGGAAGGCCCUGUCGAGAGCGACGAGGCAUCCGCGGUCAACCCCAACCGACUGACGGUUCGUGAGAGGGACGUCUUGAAGUACCUGCUAGAAGCCAUGACGACGAGCGAAAUUGCGUCGGAGCUGCAUCGGAGCUUAAAAACAAUCUCGGCGCUGAAGCAAAGCGGGUGCGAGAAGCUGGGUGUCCAAAGCAUUUCUGGUCUCUUUAAGCUCAAAGAUCGCAUUAUUUAA